AUGUUCUUCCUCACAUACUUGUAUCGCAAAGUUGUUGUGUUCCUUUUGAGGGCCAUCGUUGGUCGGAGAUCCAACCCGAAGCCGGAUGAAAUCCUACAGAUUCUAUCUAGGGACCCUAGGAGAAGUAUCAAAGCGCACGUAUACAAGUCUGGAAAUGUAUCACAGCCCGGCCCCGUCCUCAUCAACUUCCACGGGAGCGGAUUUGUCUUCCCAUUCCAUGGACAGGACGAUGAAUUUUGCCGCCUGAUGAGCCAGAGAACGGGUUAUACUGUUCUAGACGUCCAGUAUCGACUUGCUCCAGAGAACCCGUUCCCCGCGGCACUCAACGAUGUAGAAGAUGUCGUCAACUGGUUACUACAGCAGCCGGAAAAGUUUGACCGCGCUCGAAUUGCACUCUCGGGCUUCAGUGCAGGGGGUAAUCUCGCUCUUGCGGCAUCGUCGACUCUCUUCCCACAACAGACGUUCAAUGCUGUUCUCGCAUUCUAUCCACCGGUCGACCUGGACACCGAACCCGGCUCCAAGACCGCACCCGACCCUACCGGAAAGCCUCUUCCCGCGCGUCUGUCUCGGCUUUUUGACGCAUGUUAUAUCCCUUCGUCGCAUAACCCGAAAGACCCCAGGAUCUCACCCUAUUAUGCCCAGCCGGAUCGUUUCCCAGACCGCAUCCUGAUCAUAACGGCAGCCGGGGACAGUCUGGCGCUAGAAGCCGAGCAACUGGCGGUGAAAAUAAGGGAUGAGGGCGGUCGCGAGGUGGUCGCCGCGAGGAUGGAUGGCUGCAAUCAUGGCUGGAACGUUUCGCCGAAGAACGCUGUGGAACGAGAAGCAAGAGACAAAGCAUACAACAUGGUUGUUGCGAUGCUAAAUAGGCGGUGA